UUGGGUUUCUUUCUUUCUUUCUUUUUUUUCUCCCUAAGCCGCUUUUCACAUCUGUAGUGGUUUUUCCCCACUUGUCCAGGGGAGGGGGGGCAAAGGAGAAAAGCCGGAGAAUGUCGUCCCAGGCCGUGGGGAACCAGACCAUCUCCGGGGCCACAGAUGACUACUCCAACUGGUACAUCGACGAGCCCCAGGGCGACCAGGAGCUCCAGCCAGAGGGAGUGGGGCCCGUCUGCCACCCCAGCGUGCUGUCGGGUCUCCUCCACGCCUGCCUGGCCCUGCUGUCGAUCCUUGUGCUGCUGCUGCUGGCUGUGCUUGUGAGGGGCCGCUGGCUCUGGGCUCGCUGUGGGCAUGGGGGGCUGGGACUGCCCAGCCCCGUAGAUUUCUUGGCGGGACACACGACCUGGACCGUGCCUGCGGCUGUCUUUGUGGUCCUCUUCAGCUCCUUGUGUUUGCUGCUCCCUGCCGAGGACCCGCUGCCCUUCCUGACCUUGGCCUCGCCCCCCAGCCGAGAUGGAGAAACUGAGGCUCCAAGAGGGCCUUGGAAGAUACUCGCCCUGCUCUAUUACCCUGCCCUCUACUACCCUCUGGCCGCGUGUGCCCCCGUCAGGCACGGAUCCGCGCACCUGCUCGGCAGCAUGCUGUCCUGGGCUCACUUUGGAGUCCAGAUCUGGCAGAGGGCAGAGUGUCCUCAGUCACCCAAGGUCUACAAGUACUACUCCCUGCUGGCCUCCCUGCCUCUGCUUCUGGGUCUCGGAUUCCUGAGCCUUUGGUACCCCGUGCAACUGGUGAGAAGCUUCAGGAACGCGGCAGGAGCAGGCUCAGAGGGGCUACAGAGCAGCUACUAUGAGGAAUAUCUGAGGACCCUUCUUUGCCGGAAGGAGCUGGAAAGCGGCUCCCACACCUCCAAGCACGGCUUCCGAUCCUGGGCCUGGAUCUGUUACAGAAACUACAUCUAUGCUCCACAACGAGGAUUCCGACUCCCUCUGAUGCUGGUGCUUUCAGCCACCUUGACAGGGACAGCCAUCUACCAGGUGGCCCUGCUGCUGCUGGUGGGCGUGGUACCCACCAUCCAGAAGGUGAGGGCGGGAAUCAACACGGACGUCUCCUACCUACUGGCUGGCUUCGGGAUCGUGCUUUCAGAGGACAGGCAGGAGGUGGUGGGGCUGGUGAAGCAUCACCUGUGGGCUCUGGAAGUUUGCUACAUCGCGGCCUUGGUCCUGUCCUGCUCCCUCACCUCCCUCAUGCUGAUCCGCUCGCUGGUCACACACAGGGCCAACCUGCAAGCUCUACACCGAGGGGCUGCCCUGGACCUGGGCCCCCUGCCCCGGAGCCCCCAGCCCUCCCGCCAGGCCAUAUUCUGUUGGAUGAGCUUCAGCGCCUACCAGACGGCUUUUACCUGCCUUGGGCUCCUGGUGCAGCAGAUUAUCUUCUUCCUGGGGACCGUGACCCUUGCCUUCCUGGUGGUCAUGCCCGUGCUCCAUGGCAGGAACCUUCUGCUCCUCCGGUCCUUGGAGUCUUCCUGGCACUUCUGGCUGACCUUGGCCCUGGCUGUGGUCCUACAGAAAAUGGCAGCCCACUGGGUCUUCUUGGAGACUCACCAUGGACACCCAGAGCUUACUAACCGGCGAGUGCUGUACGCAGCCACUUUCUUUCUCUUCCUCGUCAAUGUGCUGGCGGGCGUCAUGGUGGCUGCCUGGCGCGUGCUCCUGUCCGCGCUCUACAAUGCCGUGCACCUGGGCCAGAUGGAUCUCAGCCUGCUGCCGUCCCGAGCGGCCACUCUCGACCCCGGCUACCACACAUACUGCGGCUUCCUGAAGAUCGAGGCCAGCCAGUCGCAUCCGGCCACGACAGCCUUCUGUGCCCUGCUUCUAAAGAGCCGGCGGGCCCAGCCUCCUCGGGCCCCCCAGGACGGCCUCAGACAGGGGGAGGAAGAAGAAGGGAUACAGCUGCUGCACACCAAGGACCCCAUGGCCAGGGGAACAGGGCCCAGCGCCCGCCAAAGCAGAGCCCGCUGGGGGCUGGCCUACACGCUGCUGAACAAUCCGGCCCUGCAGGCCUUCCGGAAGAGGGCCCUGUCGGGGGCCUAGGUCCACAGAGCCCAGCCCUGAGGGUGGGGAAGCCGGGUGUCCAUGUCUGUGCUGGGGUGCUUCCCCUCCUCCCAACCCCCUCCCUCCCAGCUCCCCCAGCAGCCUCCCAGCCGCAUGGCCUCUCUACGUAGGGGCAGCUCGGCCCGCAAGUUCCCUGACCAGCUACAGCCACCCCAGCACCAGAAGCCAGGGGGCGCUGUGGCGGGGUGGAGGUCAGCCCUUGGCCUCUUGGGAGGACUCUGGUCUGCCCCCUUGGCCUUGGGAAGCCAGCGAGGGCCCUGGAGGAAGUACUGUGUGGUUUAGGCCCUUGGUCUGGGCAUCAGGGGAACUGGGGCGGCCACCUCCAGGCCCCUCCCCACGCUGGCUGGGCCACCGGCUCACGCAACCUUCUGACCGGGUCAGUGAGUCAGGCCAGAGGAGCCUCACGCCCAGCUCAGCCCCACCUCAGCCUUGGAUUCACCACCACGGACCCAGACGCAGAGUUCCCUCUCUCCCGCAGCUUCCCCCUCUCCUCUCCGGGUCGUGGCUUCCUGCGCGGCAGCCCAGGAGGAAGCCAUGGGCUUCCACCAGGCCGCAGAGUCAGGGCUUCCACCAGGCCCCACGCCCAACUGGCCACACUUGAGAGCCUGGUAUUUUGGCAGUUGGCAUGCCUUUAGACAUUAUGAAAGAGGGUAGUGUGCUCCCUGUAAUAAACUUGUCCCCAAGAAACAGUCCUUCUCAGGGGGUGGGCUAUGUGGGGGAAACCUG